GGCAGCCCAAACAAUCAUGAUAAAUAAUGAUAAAAAUCAAAUUGAUCAAAAUGAUCUUGAACGUAUAUUUCGGAAACGAUUAUGUCGUAUUUGUCGUGGCAGUAAUGUGGAUGUCGAUAAAUUUAUAACCGCUUGCAAAUGCCUCGGUCCAUUUGCCUAUGUACACCAGAAAUGUUUCGAAUGUUGGCUAGAGAUAACUCGACAACAGAAAUGUGAUAUUUGCCGUUAUGAUUUUCAAGUUACAUUACAUAAUCGAAGUUUUUUCGAAUGGAUACAUUAUCAAACAACGACUGCAAAUGAUAGUGAAUACCUUCGAUCAUUCAUUCAAUUAUUUACACGUUUACAUAAUGUCAUUUUCAUAUCAUUGAUUGGCAUCGUUAUAAUCGUUUGUUAUAAUAAUAAUGAUGAUGAUGAAUGUCUAAAUCCACAACAAUCUCCACAACAAUCGGCAACAAAUAUUUUAAAUGAUGUUGAUACACGUCAAACGAUUUGGUAUUCAUUGUUGGUUGUUUUCAUACCAAACAUUCGUAUAUCGGUAAUAUCCUUAUCAAUGAUAUGGUUUGCAGCACGGAUAUGGAAUGAAUUUCGUCAAUGGCAACAACGAAAUCAACGUGUUCAGAUUUCACCAUUUAUCAAUUCGACCAUGAAUGUUGGUAGCCAGAAUCCGCGUGAUUAUGGCAUACUCAAUUCAUUUGUACGUGUUUCAGGUCUGAAACAUGUUGGAAAAUAUCUGCGGUUAACAUCGAAUAUUUCGUCGAACAAUUUAUCCGACAAUAAUAAUGAUAACAAAAAAGACAAUUGAUUGAAUUUUUCGCUCUUUAUUGACUAUUAAUUACUCUAUUCAAAUUUAGAAUGAAGAAAUUUUAAUUUCUAUGCAUGUGUCUGAGAAUUUUGUGUCUUGUUAAUUUGGAUGAUUUAUUUUUCCAAAGGUGUGCAAUAAAAUAUGUGUGUGUUUAUUUUAAUGUUAAUGUUAAUUUUAAUUUAUUUUAUAGUUGGACUAUUGUUUUUGCGAAAUUUUAUUCCAACACCGGGUUUCCAUCUAUUUAAUUUUAUGAAAAAUAAAUAGGCAAUAAAUGCAACAAGGAUAACCAAAAUCCAAGGCCUCAUCUUUUUCGCUUAUUUAUGGCGUCGUUAUUACCCAAUAAAUUGAGACUUGUAUUUUUUUCUAUAGAAGUUCAAUCGAGUUGGUGAUUCAUUAAAAUCAAAUCGUCUUGUUCAAUAUGAAACAUAUAACCUUAUUAUUAUUACAUGCUUUAAUCUAAUGAAAUUCAAAAUCAAAAUUGUCCAAGCGAAACAAAAA